UAUAACUACAAAGAAAGAUCAAAAUAAUAAUAAUAAAAAAAUAAAAAAUAAAAAUAAAAAAGGCAUAUUGCUUCAAAGUGCAUGCGCGCACGUUUAUAUUCAACAGGCUGUAGGCUUGAAACUCCAACAGGAAGAAGGAAAUCAAGAGGAAACAGCCUUCUGCCGACCAGCAGUUUCUGUUCCCUCUUGAUUUCUUCCUUCGAUUUUGCCACUUCCACAACACCUCAUAUCCUAUCAACAAUUUCAAUACUCAAACAAAUCAACAACAAACGAAAAUCAAAAACUCAAUAUCACCAAUCAUAAUAUCAUAUUUGAUCAUCCGGUGACUCAAACCAGCUCGAUAGUCUUCACAAUAAUGAAGCAGCUAUGGAAGAGAGCAUCGGGUAUAAUUAAGGAUCGAAACAGCAUUAUAAUGGCAAGCCUAUCGAGGAAAACGAGGCACAGGCAUCCUGAUCUAGAGGCAGCAUUGAUCAGAGCAACAAGUCAUGAUGAUUCUUGUGUGGAUUACCAGAAUGCUCAGAGGGUGUUCAUGUGGGUCAGGACCUCACCAUCUCAUUUGAUCAUUUUUCUGUGGGCUUUAACACGCCGGUUGGAACGUACACUUGACUGGAUUGUGGCUCUUAAGUCUCUGAUCCUCCUCCAUGGAGUCCUCUGCACCAAGGCUCCUGGCACACAGAAGAUUGGACGGCUUCCCUUUGAUCUGUCGGGGUUUCAGGAUGGGUAUAUUCGUGAUGGACCUCUUCGUGGGGCUUGCAGUUCAUUUGUUCAGGCUUACUUCUUGUUCUCAGACCUUAAGUCUGUCACGCAGUCAGCAGAGUUGCAGGAUGAGAUGGCAUUCCCAGUGAUUGUAGAGAAGAAAGAUGGAAUAAGGAUGCAACUGGAAAGGGUGAAGCGGUGGCAGGAUCUGCUUGAAGCAGUACUACAUGUCAGGCCAUAUGGGGGCAUCAGGAUGACAGAUGAAGUGGUGUUCCUCGAGGCUAUGGAUUGUAUGGUUAUUGAGGUUUUUGAAUUGUAUAGUAAGAUUUGUGAUGGAAUCGCCAAGGCUCUAGUGAAAAUUUACUCUAAUCGGAUGGGAAAAGUGGAAGCUUCAAUGGCCCUGGAUGUAGUACAUAGAACCAACAAACAAGGAGAAGACUUGUCUGAUUAUUUUGAGUUUUGCCAAAUAAUUGGGGUGCUUCAUGCAACUGAAUGUCCACAAAUCCAGCAAAUCCUAGAGGACGACUUAUUAGAACUUGAGAAAAUUAUUAAUGGAAAUGGGGUCUCGCCUUCAGAAGAUGAUCAUGAAGAAAAAGGUUCUUACAAUCAGGAGUAUCCUGGUACAGGUACAGCAACAAUAGUGUGUGUUAGUGAGAGAAAAGAUAUUGAUCAAAUGGAAAGAGAUAAGCCAUCCUUGAAGACAGUAAUUACAGAUAAAUGGGAGGUAUUUGACGAAGAUAUCAGCCAAGCUAAGAAUGGAGGUGGAGCAUGGAUGGAUCCGUUUGCUGCUUCUUCUAUUGUCCCACAGGCAACUCAGUCCAACCCCUUUAUUGAUUAUGAAGGUAAACCUUCCCAAUAUGUACUUUGCUUGUUGUAGACUUCUAAAUGCUUGAAAUCUCUUCUUGUUCCAGGUUAUCUACCAUAUGACCGCUUUUUCCUUAAAGUUUGCCUGGCUAAUAGGGUUUUCAAAUAGUGAAGGUUCUAUUGGUAUUUCAAAACAUUCUGUAAAUCACUCGCAAUCAUACACUUUUUGAUGAUAAAAGUUUGUUAGCAAAAUCAUUCACAAUUGUACACCUAUAAUCAAUCACAAUUAGAUACACACUCUGUAAAUUACAUAUUCAUCUACAGCAUUUGAACUUUCAAUGUGCAAAUCUAGCAACUACUUGUACUAGUUCAAAUAGAGAAAUCAGCUCUAUUGACAGUGGCUUAGUGCAGCCAAUAAGAAGAAAGUAUAUACAUCAUAUAUAUCAGUCAUCAGUUGAUACUAUGAAUUAGUAGAGAUGUGAAUGUGUGAUGCGUAAAGCACUAAGGGGAUCCUUAGCAUAGAGAAAAAGGUCACUUUUUUCAAUUGUUGAUUUCAUAAAGAGUACCCUGUAUCACAAAAUAACAUUAAAAUAAAAAAUAAAUAAAAAAAAAAAUUUAAAUUAAGGUUUUUAUUAUUUUGGGGUUUACUGCUCAGCUCAGAUUCGAGCUGUGUUCCCAUAAAUGUCUUAAUCGCCAAUGAAAUAUAGUGCUUGUAUAUCAUCUUUACAAU